CGAGGAAGAAACGAUGUGACGUCUAGAGAUAUCUCUGUCCCCUUGUUUACUUUCAGAGGAACGCUCUUGACCCAACUUUUUGACAGGUCCUCUGUAAUCAGUCUCGAGAGAGAGGUCGAUCGUCUGUGUUUUGUGAGCAGUUCGCCUCUUGCCCCUUAAUACAUCCCUGUCUAACGGACAGGCCGUUUCAAUGCAUUUCAGAGCCUUAAAUCCUCAAAGGAGAUGGACGCUGCCGAUUUGUUUACAAGCUGCAGGAAGGGCGACAUUUCUAGAGUGAGACACCUGGUUGAACAGAGAGAUGUGGAACUGAAUGUCAGAGACAAAUGGGACAGCACACCUCUGUAUUAUGCUUGUCUGUGUGGACACGAGGAGCUGGUGCAGUAUCUGUUGGCCAAUGGGGCUAAGUGUGAGGCCAACACGUUUGACGGAGAGAGAUGUCUGUAUGGAUCCCUGAGUGACCCCAUACGCCGCCUGCUGAAGGAGUACAAGCGCAUCACAGCAAAGGCCAUGCAACGGGACUAUUAUGACCACUUCCUGCACACGUUGUUGGAGCAGGGCCCCUUCAGUGACGUGGUGUUUCUGGUCCAUGGGGAGACAUUCCGAGCUCACCGCUGUGUGCUGGGUUCUCGAUCCGAGUACUUCACACACAUGUUCCAGACCAAGUGGAAGGGAAAGACUAUGAUCGCCCUCAAACACCCACUGAUAAACCCUGCUGCCUUUGCAGCCCUCUUGCAGUAUUUUUACACAGGUCGUUUGGACAUUGAUGUGAGCUAUGUGGAUGAUUUGAAGCGGCUGGCUAAGCAGUGUAAGAUGGGAGAUCUUAUCGAGGAACUGGAGGCAAAGUGCAAGCAGGUGUAUGACUUUGUUUCCUCUAAGCCAGGUACCUGUGUGAAGGUUUUGACUCUGGAUCCUCAUGGCUGUCAGCUCCAGGAUGACAUGGCCCAGCUGGCUGACUGUUCUCUGCCGGCUGAACUCAGGGUUGGAUUUGGUGAGCUUCCAUUUGAUAAAACCGACAACUUCCCAAGUUAUCCAGAUAUAUGCUUCCAAGUCGAAGGCUAUCACUUCCUGUGUCACAAACCUUUUUUCUGUGGCCGCAGUGACUAUUUUAAGGCCUUAUUGGAAGAUCAUUUCAGCGAGGGGGAGACGCUGCCUUCGGCCCCUCACAUCCCAGUCAUCACUUUGCACAACAUCUCCCAUGAACUCUUCACCAAAAUACUGUACUAUAUCUACAGCGAUGACACAGAGCUGUCCCAGGAGAACGUGUACGAGGUGCUGUGGGUGGCUGACAUGUACCUGCUGCCGGGCCUGAAGCGCCUGUGUGGGAAGAGCCUGGCGUCGCUGCUGAGCGAGGACAACGUGAUGCACGUGUGGAGGAGCGCGCGCCUCUUCAACCUCUCCCGCCUGGAGGACCUUUGCACGGAGUACAUGGCUAAGAUCAUCGAGAGGCUGGUCGAGCGUCCAGAGUUUGCUGAACUAAUCCAAGAGGACGCGGGGGCUGUGGAGGCUCGUCAGGAGACCGACUCCAUCCCACUGGUGGACGAGAUCCGCUUCCACAUCAGCAGCAACGUCCAGACAUACAGCGCCAUCGAGGAGGCCCAGCAGAAACUCACCGCCCUGGAACUCCUGCUUGUCAACAUUGGCCUUGAGUGCUGAGAGAGAGAGAGAGAGAGAGAGAAGGCUAGAAGUGGAGAGAGGUGUGGUGCAGAGUUGACACAGGUCUGACUGGGCUUGAAUGAAAUGUUUUCCGGAACAUUUUAGAUUGAGUGUGGCUCAUAGAGUCCACUGAUUAGUUAGUGGCAAGCAGGACAGGCAGGGAGGGAAGGGGUGUUCCCUCGCCAGCCCAAGGCUAAUAAAUGAUUAACAGAAUGUGAACACACAUGCUUUAUGAACUCAAAAACAACAAAAAAUAACCUGAUCUCUGAAGAGCAUUCACUUUAUAUCCACUGAUAUUAUGCAAGAUAUUUGCAUAUCAAAGUCAUAUGAAAUACACACACAGAUUGUAAAAGGUGAGGGGGAUAUAUUCCCCACAUGGACAAUAUGUUGGACAAUAAUACCAAGUAACUGGUGCUCAUUGGUUUACUUUAGUUUUUACUUAGGAAAGAUUUCUCCACGAAUAUUAGAUUAUUUUCUCUCGUUUUACAUAGAUUUUGUAAGUGCCGUAAAACACCAGCCAUCACCAACUCCUCUUGUAACAUCUGUGUUUUAUUUUAAAUGCUACUAAAAAAAUUUGCAAGGAGGUUAUAACAGCGUUAAGUAAUAGGCAGCUCCUACCUGGAAAGCAAAACUUUGAUUUGUUGACCUUUUAAGAGAUGUAUAUGAUACUGAAACGUACGUCAAUAUUAUUUUACAGUAACAUUCCUUAUGUAUCCUCUUCCAUACUCUUAACAUGACACACCUGCUUAGUCACGCUUGAGCUGAUCUCUGAGUGUUUGGUGAUGGACUAAUAUGACAUACAGGGUUAGGUGAGUGACAGGCAGGAGAAUAUCACAUCAUAACUUUUUUAUGAUGAGCAUAGCAGAUAUUCAAAUCUUGCCACAAUGUGUUUUUGGUCUGUAGUCACAAUCUAACAGGGUGCAGUGCUGCUUAAGAUUGUCAGCUACAUAUUUAUAUAAGUACUUUAUAAGUAUAAAGCUUCCAUAAAGCUAGCUGGACUCUGAUUUAACACAAGAAAUAAACAGAUGUAAAAUUGUUAAA